GACCCGCGUGUGCGUCGGCUGAGGGGCGGCCACGGGUGGGGGUCUCGGCGGCGGCCUGCUGGCUAACAGCAGCCGGCGUCGCGGCCUCCUCCUCUCCCCAGUUCCUUUCUCGUGCGGUGGCCGAGCUGCGGGGCAGCGAUCGGGUAGGCGUGUGCUCGCUUCUCUUCGCGGCGGGGCGGGGCCGGCAGCCGCGUGGCGGCGGCUCGGGGCGGGGUGCCGCCGGCUGAGGUGUGGUGAGGCGGCGGUCCGCCUGCCUGGUCGGAGGAGGACGCUGCAAUGGAGAGUACGGUAUCUGUCACGUUCCUCGUAUCGUUUUUCAUACUGUUGUGUGAAAGUUAUCAUCAUGGAGUGGAGACUACUACUGUUGUGCAAACACUGGAGAGAACUUUUCCAGAAAAGGCUGCUGGCAUUAAUGAUGAGUUGGCGGGCUUAAGGCAGAAGCAUCACCUCCAAGAACUUUUCAAUCGUUAUGGAGAAAACAACUCUCUAACGAUUGAAGGAUUUAGAAAACUGAUCCAGAACAUAGGGAUAGAUAAAAUGAAAAGGAUUAAAAUAGAUCAUAACCACGAUCACGACCACGAUCAUCAUCUUCAUCAUAACCAUAUUUCCUUGAGUAAAAACUCUGAGAAGACUGUUUGUCCGAACCACGAAUCUGAUGCUAACAAAGACCCCAGGAACAAUCAUUCCAAGGAACCUCAUAAAGCAGAGAGCGUAGACCAUCAGCACAACUUUGUCCACAGUAAGAACACCGUUAAUGAAAUAACUGAGUCGAUCAACACUACUCCCACAGAUGGCAGUUCUGAGCUGCAGAAUUUGGAACCUGCAGAAGGCAAGUCUGUUGCUCACGUAGGCCUGGCUGGCUCUACCACCAUUAAUAUCACAAAUGGAAGCAGUACGAGUUGGCUUGCAAACGUCAAGUCAAAUGAAUCUCUUGUUUCUCCGAAGGAGUUGGAAAAAGGAAGUUACCUGUAUUCCAGACUUAAAAACCCAAAUACCCAAGAGUGCUCCAGUGCAUCAAAGCUGAUGCAGUCCCAUGGAAUAAGCACCGAAGUAUUGUUGUCUGCCACAGAAUUUAGCUAUCUCUGCCCAGCUCUUAUUAAUCAGAUUGAUGGGAAGUACUGCAUAGUCCAUGCGAGUAGCGAAAAAGCUGAAACUCCUCCAAAAGGUUAUUCUCUGCAAAUAGCGUGGAUUGGUGGCUUUAUAUCCAUCUCAGUCAUCAGUUUCCUUUCUUUACUGGGGGUCAUACUGGUACCUUUGAUGAAUCGUGUGUUUUUCAAAUUUCUUCUGAGUUUUCUUGUGGCAUUGGCUGUGGGGACUUUAAGCGGAGAUGCCUUCUUACAUCUCCUUCCACAUUCUCAUGGAAACCACCACCAUCACCAUGAAAAGGCUCCGCUUGAGCAGAACAAAGGUCCUCUGUUCAAGCAUCUUGUUUUUCAAAGUACAGAAGAGAGUGCUUACCUGGAUUCUACAUGGAAGGGACUUACAGCACUGGGAGGCUUGUAUUUUAUGUUUCUAGCGGAGCAUUUGAUCACUUUAAUAAAGCAGUUUAAAGACAAGAAGAAAAAGAAAAAAAAUGAAGAUGAUGGAGAAAGUAAGAAGUUUUCAGCGAAUGAAGAAAAGUUAGAUACAGAUGAUCGGUCUGAGGGCUAUCUAGGGACAGACUCACAAGAUCCAUCGCCCUUCAUUUCUCAGCAGCCAGCUGUGCAAGAAGAAGAAGAAGUCAUGAUAGCUCAUUCUCAUCAGGAGGAGGCUGAUAAUGAAUAUGUAUCCAGGGGCUGUAGGAACAAAUGUCAUUCUCACUUACACGAUACUCUUGGACAGACAGAUCAUCUGAGCCACCAUCACCACGACUACCAUCACAUUCUUCAUCACCAUCAUCAUCAGAACCAUCAUCCACACAGUCACAGUCAGCGCUACUCGCGUGAAGAACUGAAGGAUGCUGGAAUAGCAACUCUAGCGUGGAUGGUGAUAAUGGGAGAUGGACUGCACAAUUUCAGCGAUGGCCUAGCAAUUGGAGCAGCCUUUACUGAAGGCUUAUCAAGUGGCUUAAGCACGUCUGUGGCUGUGUUUUGCCAUGAAUUACCUCAUGAGCUAGGAGAUUUUGCCGUACUUCUAAAAGCUGGUAUGACUGUCAAGCAAGCUGUGCUUUACAAUGCCCUGUCAGCAAUGUUGGCCUACCUUGGAAUGGCAACUGGGAUACUUAUUGGUCAUUACGCAGAUAAUGUUUCCAUGUGGAUAUUUGCACUUACUGCUGGCUUAUUCAUGUAUGUGGCGCUUGUGGAUAUGGUGCCUGAAAUGCUCCACAAUGAUGCUAGCGAUCAUGGAUGUAGCCGCUGGGGAUACUUCCUGUUACAGAAUGCUGGGAUUCUCUUGGGUUUUGGGAUAAUGCUGCUCAUCUCAGUGUUUGAACAUAAAAUUGUAUUCAGCAUAAACCUGUAAUCUUUGCCAAGGUAGAGCUUGGUGUUAAGUUAUAACUGGUAGUUGUUUUUUUUAUUCCGUAAUGGAGGGGUACGCUUGGUGUAGUCUAGGUAUUCCUGUUGGUGUGUUUUGUCGUUGCCCUUGGGUCUUUCAAUCCCCCAACCCUUUUCUCUCCCAUAGCAAUGAGAGCUGUAAGGAUUUUCACUUGGAAUGUAGCGUUUCAUACGGUACUGUGGCAAGACAAACUCAGUAAGUCAUAGUGAGUGCCAAAUCUAUGAAUGCAGUGUCACGUGUGGUGGGGGCCAAGGUGUUUUUGUGAAUUCAUUUACUGUAUGUAAAUACAUGCAACAGUGGCAUUUUUUUUUACUUCAUGUUUUUGUUGGUAUAAAGAAAUAAAAUGUCAGUGGUUCUUAUCAAUCAAAACUAGUGAACAGAGAGUACAGUGAGCAGUGUAGAACAGCAAAGACAUGCAGUAGGUAGCGUGGAUUUAUACUGGUAGAAACUGAUCUCUUUGUCCACCUUGUUUACAGGGGGUGGCAGAUGAGCUCACUCCAUUCUCUUAGUGGUGCUUCUCCUUGUGGAUUCUGUUUCCUAUUCCAGUUGGCUUCUACUGCAAAUGGUUUCAUGUGAAAUCGUUUGAUUGAAGCGUUUACAACAAGUGUGUUUCACCUGUUUCUUCCCUACUGAUGGGAGUUACUCUUCACUGAUUCCUCAAAUUGGCAACAGCAGUACAGCUAUUACAUCGUAACAGCGUGGCUGUAGCUGUAGUAUACUUGGAUGCUGUUAAAGAGGCUUUUAAAGUAGCGUUCUAUCACGUUUACGCUGCCUGAAAUGGUGAAGUUAUGUGAUAGUUUUUGAUAUCAUGGGGAGUAGUGUUAGUAGUUCUUUGCUACAACAGCCUUCUUGAUUCCAUUUGGGAAAUGGGAUGACUGGGAGAGCUGACUCCUUCUAGUUCUGCAUAAUAACAUAAAAUAAACCUGUGCUUGCAGAACAGUUGCGUGCUUUCAGCUAAAGCUGGAAGAUCCAAAGAGCAAGCUUUCUGACGGCACAUAUAGGGAAGCAGCAUAUGAAGAAUAACCCAUAUGCACGAGUAUGUGGUUUGAGCUUACCAGCUUAUGGUCUUAAUAUCUCAACCACCCUGAAAGUAUCCGUAGGAAGGAAAGACUAAAAAGCCAUUUGUCAAAACAAACAAAUGAAAAUCACACUCCAACAACCAGAAUCCAACAUUGUAGGAUUUGCAGGAACUGCGAGCAUUACAUGAUUGUGUGCCUCAACUUCUACACAAUAAGAUAUGCUAUCUUAACUUGCUUCCUUAAAACCAGAAGUAAUCAGUUAGAAUUUUUCUCUGAUUCAACUUUACCUCUGCUUCACAUCUUCAGCUGAGUAAAAAACAACUUGAACGAAGAGGAAGUAUUUGAUGAUGCCAUGUCUGACAAGUUAAAGCAGCCUGGCAUAUGGUGGUCUGUCAUUAAAAUGAAAGCCAAAACUGUCACAUCAAAAAUGGAUGUUUGGAAUGAAUGGCAAGAUUUGUGUUUUGUUUGUUUUUUGUUUGUUUUUUUUCCACUGGUUGAGAAACAGUGUCUGCAGGCAGUGGGCUGUUACCUUUUUCACCCCCUUUCAAUUCUUUACUCGGGUUAACCGGACAGAUUUAUUUAGACUCCUUUCCACAGUGAUGAAAUACUGUUCUAUCGAUGUUUCUCGAGCAAGCCGAAACAAUCAGCAUAGAUCUGCUAAGGUUUUGAUGCCAGUGCCAGAGCUCAUACUGAAGGCUUAAAUAAGAAUAGAUUUUUUUCAGACUUUUGUGUGGUGAAUACUUACCCUUUAUUUCUUUUAACUCUGAAGUAAGCUAUGGCUUGAACUUCAUUUCUGUGCUUUCUUAAAAGGUCAGAUAUCAAUCUCUCCAUAACAGUGGAAAGUCACAGAAGGAAAAUUAGUGUGCUCAGUGAAAUAUUUAUGACAUCUGAAUUGGGAGCAGAAGAAAAAGGAGCAAACCAAGCUGACUUUUCCUAUCCUGCAGGAGGUUGCAUAUCUAGAAGCUGGGAGAACUGUGCUGAUGAUUCCCUUGCAACUUUUUCCUUUUGAAAGCAGAGUGAGCAGAGCUCGUUAUCACUCUCCAGAUUGCCUGAUCUGUACAGGGGACCUCAGCCUCAAAGGGAACGCUUGUUUCUUGAAUCUUCCUGUAGUCAGCACUUGGCCAGUGUCGUUGGAACAGGAUUUGUCUUGUUUCCUUUGAAGUCAGUGGCAGAGGAAGGCUAAUAUGUCCUAAGGGAAGCACUAAGGUGUGCCAGAGUCUUAUCCAACUCCAACAAACCUGCACGUUAUGAACCUAUGAGCAGCUGUUAGGAGAGAAGAACAGGCUUCUCUUUUAGAGCACUCAUGUUGUCUCUAACAAGAAUAGUGACAAAAUACGGGUGCAUCCUUUCCCUUCAUCAGGUGCUUUACCUUUUUUUUUUUUUUUUCCUUUAUUCUACACUUCUGCCUUUCGGUUAACCCUCUGUACUUCCUUCAGAAGCACACCUCUGAGCAAACAGCAGAUGGAGGCUGCGAGAAGGAGUCCUGCAGUUCGUGGUGCAGAGGAACCAUACCGUGGUACAGCAGCCAUCUGCUAUGUUUUUGUAGUGUCUCCUUGAUCUGCUGUUCUGUGCUACCUCUGUUUGCUGGUUCUCACAGCAGUCUUACUCUCGUGUUCCCAAGACUGAAUUAGAAAAGUUACAUCUAUCCCACCUGUUGCUUCCCUUUCUUCCCUGCUUAUAAACUGUUAGCUCACUUGAACUUGCUCUGAAGAGAAAGCAGUUUCAGAUUCCUUCAAACAAUCUAAAUUUUUAUGGCUCUUCUGCCAUUACCUGUGUUAGGACUGUUUCCAAACUGUCAUAGCUAAAGCUGUGCCUACAGCCCCACAGCUGAUCUUUCUCUUUUCUUUGCUACCCCCAGUGCUUGAAUGUCAUCAUCUUUGACCUGUAGGAAGCCGUUCAGUUCCUGGCAUGUACACAUCACUGCCACCCUCUUCAGAAAAACAAACAAGUCUAAAAGAACACUCCCAUCCUCUCACACCCUUAUGUCAAAACAGAAGCUUCCAUGCCUUGACCAGUUGGUGCCUUCUCCACUGACCUCUAACCUGUGUGGUCCCAGUCAGUCCAGAUCUUAGAACAUGGCCACUCUUCUUCCUCUGGAAGUCUCUUCUUGGCAUUGCAGAAUUGCAGUUGGAUGUAUCUGACUUUGGCUGUGCCCUGUCUAAGCAGGUCUUGCCUUUCGUGGGGCAGUGGCACCAGUCAUUGUCAGAGCUGACGUGCUCCAGUUCUGGCUCCCGCAUUGCUUCUCAUGAGUAAGAUGCGUUCCCCCCUUCCCUCUGAGCCUCUCACAGAUCUGUUACAUGCACAAAUACUGGAGCCUCCUGGUGGGUGCUGUAGGGUUUGGGCACUCUGUUGGUUGUCUUUUGCCUUCUCUCCUGCACCCCCCAGCCAUCAGAGAAAUUGUACACACUCACUUCCUUCCUUGUGAGCUAUAUCAGAUGUGGGUGGCUCCUGACUCAGUUUGCUUUGAAUUUUUGUGGUUUCUGUUGGCCUACAGCCUUAAUUGCUGAAGGACUUCUCUCGUCUGUGUGGUAGAUGGGAGAUAGGAAGUGGGCAUGUGGCUGAGUGUCCCCUAUGAGAUGUUUAAAUUGGUGACUGAACAGAUAUAAAUCCACAACUUCCGGUCUGUGCUUCCUGAGAGUUGUUGGCUGGCUCGCAGUGAGAGAAACUGACAUGAAAAUAUCUGUGUAUCAAAAUACGUUACUAAUAGAUCAACGUGAAAAAUAAACCUGCCUGCAGCAUGUGUGGGAAGGAGGGUGAGAUGAGCCGGCGGUGAGCACUUGAGUUGGCUUGGUGCUCCAGCACAUUUGUCUUUGGAGUGGUACCAGUGGCUGCAAAGCACUAUGUGAGGAAACCGAAGAUGGUCUGAAAUGUGCUGUUUGUAGCAGCGAGGUGACAAAGCUGGCCCACGUUUUCAUUGUCAGCCUUUAGCAGAAGCAAAGGUCCUACUUCUUAAAGGUACUUGUGGUGAAAGUUCUUAUGCUUUGACAGAGGGAUAGAGCAGAGACUCUAAGCUGCCUUUCAUUUUUAUGCAUUGAUGUUUCUGAGCAGCUUGUGGUAAUGUGCCUGCCUGCUGCGGCUGAUAAAUGGGAGCACCUUUUUUUUGUGUGUCCUUGUUAACUACGGUACAGAACUGAGUGUUGAAUGCAGCUGUAUCCGCCUUAGGUCGUGCCUGCGCUGGCCUUGGGCAAACAGAGCAAGGAAAGGUGGACUCUAAGUAAGUGAUUUUCAUUGUGCCACAUUCUUCGUAAGCUUUUGGCUUGUGCGUGUAUGUAACAUCAGUCAUGUGCUGUCCUUGCUUGCAGCAGGAGUUCCACUGCACAUAUGGCAGUCCUUGCCUGAGUUCUUGGCCUGCCUGGGUCAAGCAGCAUGGCUGUUCUCUGUUGAUGGGAGAUAGUGUGCAGGAGCACAAUGAACUGUAUUCGUUUAAAAAGCAUUCAAGGCUACGAGGUGUAAAUCCAAGUGGCUCUUCUGCUGCAUGUAUUCAGGGUCUAGCAUAAUUACAGCUUCUGUGGAAAACGAGUUUGUUCUGUUUGCCACAAAUAGAAGCAGAAACCAUGUUUUCAUGCCAUGUGUUCUUACUUGAAAUGUGAUUUUGGUACAUUUAAACAAUUGUUAUAGCUGCCCUUGUAUUGCUGUGUGCUUGAUGGAAUAAACCACUGAACAAA